ACUGGAUUUCUGCACCACUCAUCAAAACUCUGCGGCAUGCAGACGGGAGCCGCGGGGAGGGCACUUAGCAGGCUGACGCACUGAGGCUCUCUGCUGGUCCGGCGAAUCAUUUCAUCAGAGCUUUGGAGUUCCAACUUAUAUGAGAAAAUGGCAAAAGAGGGAGAGAAAAGCGAGUGGAGGGAGUUUAUGUGGAACCCGAGGACGAGGGAGUUUCUGGGCAGGACGGCGAGCAGUUGGGGUCUUAUCCUUCUCUUCUAUGUCAUUUUCUACAUCUUCCUGGCCGGCUUGUUUGCACUCACCAUGUACGUCAUGCUGCAGACCUUGGAUGAACACAAACCCACCUGGCAGGACAGACUCGCCACACCAGGGAUGGUGAUCAGACCCAAUGCCAAAGCAAACGAUGCCUUUGAAAUCAUCUAUAGCAUCAAGAGAACAGAGAGUUGGGACACUUACACUCAGGUGCUGAACAACAUUCUUGAACCUUACAAUGACUCGAUCCAGGCGCAGAAAAAUGACCCGUGCACCCCAGAUCAGUACUUCCUGCAGGAGGACAGCGGCAAUGUGAAGAACAACCCAAAGCGCUCCUGUCAGUUCAACCGCACCAUCCUGGGCGACUGCUCUGGAAUCAGGGACAGUUCCUAUGGAUACGAGGAGGGCAAACCAUGCAUCAUCAUCAAGCUGAAUCGGGUGAUUGGGCUGUUGCCAGAGAGUGAUUUGCAGAGUCCAUAUGUUACCUGUGGUGCAAAGAGGGAAGACACUGACAAGAUUGGAGAUAUAAUGUAUUUCCCUGUCAAUGGCACUUUCAACCUCAUGUACUACCCUUACUAUGGCAAGAAAGCUCAGGUGAACUACUCUCAGCCUUUGGUUGCCAUCAAGUUUCUCAACAUCACUCGAAAUGAAGACAUCAACGUGGAGUGCAAAAUCAACGCCAACAACAUUCCCACUGGAGGCGAAAGGGACAAGUUUGCUGGAAGAGUGUCUUUCAAGCUGAGGAUCAACGACUAGGUCCAACCCUUUCACUCUCCCAAAAACUACUUUUUUCUUCAUCCGCUGUCGUGCUGCACAUGCACAGAAAAAAAAAAUUGACAGCAUUCACACCUUUGGUUUAGCUUGCCAUAUUCUCUUACAACCCUCUGCUUUGGUGAAUUAAGACAACAAGAACAAAAGGUGGUAAUCCUGUCAUUGUUUCUGUCUGUGAGCACUUGGAAAAGUUAUUUUCUGUCAUUUAGUUUAAAGUGAUGUCUGUUUAUACUGCAUGACAAACUAGGGGAUGUAAAGGAUCUCAACAUGUUUCAACGGAGCAGCAAUCUUAUCAUUUUAUUGCUGCUUCCUUUUUGCUGUCUCCUUAUAGAACAUCCCACUAUAUAAUAUACACAAUUUACAAUACAAAAGGUGUAUAUCUACAGUAUUUAUAUGGUAUCAUAACCUUCUUUCUGUAUGUCCAUUUUGUUGCACUUAAAAGGAAAAAUACAACAGACUAAAAUAUAUCUUGAUGGAUGGAUGCAGAAAUUAAGCCAUUUUGCAUGUGUGUGUUUUGUGUGUAUGUUCCCCCCAACCCCAUGUUUCACCUCUCUGCUACUUGUGACUUAAGGUUUUGUUAAACGCUGACCACCAGGAGGAACGUCACUGAUCCUCACACAGAAGAAAAAAAGG